UGCUCCGCUAUCGCAGGAUGACUGUUCCGAAAAGAUACGCCGAACUCGUCGCGCUGAUUGCGAUCUCGUGCACACUGUUCCUGUUUCUGCACACCCAGAGCCUGACGUCGCGGUUGCGCGAGAUGGAGGAUAGAUUACAGCCACCGUCUUUUGCCGCACUUUCUUUGACGUUCAACCAUCCGCAUGAUCAUCUUCAUCACCACGAGCUGAUUGGCAAUCUGCAUCAUACGUACAACUAUCUCAAAAGCACCGGCCAGAUGCACAGCCUGAAGGCCACCGAACUGAACAAUACGCGCCGCGCGGAAAUCCCAAUCAUCUUCUUCAACCGUGUACCGAAGGUCGGUAGCCAGACGUUUAUGGAGCUGCUGCGUCGCCUGGCCGUGCGCAACGACUACACCUUCCACCGGGAUGUAGUGCAGCGGUUGGAAGUGAUCCGUCUCUCACCCGAACGGCAGCAGGAGCUGGCUGAAAUGGUGAUGGACCUGCCUGUCCCAUCGGUCUACGUGAAGCACGUAUGCUAUACCAACUUCACCCGUUUCGGUCUGCCGAUGCCGAUCUACGUCAACAUGGUGCGUGAUCCGGUCGAGCGCAUCAUCAGCUGGUACUACUACGUGCGCGCGCCCUGGUACUACGUCGAGCGGAAGCAGGCCUUCCCCGAUUUGCCCCUACCCGAUCCACGCUGGCUGAAGAAGGACUUUGAGACUUGCGUUCUGCAGGGUGACCCCGAAUGUACCUACUCGCAGAAUGCCGUCCACGAGGGAAUCGGUGAUCAUCGCCGGCAGACGCUGUUCUUCUGCGGUCAUGGCGAAGAGUGUCUUCCCUUCAACGGUGUCGGUGCCUUGGAACGGGCGAAGUAUGCCGUAGAGAGCCAGUAUGCCGUGGUCGGUGUGUUGGAGGACCUGAACACGACACUGACCGUGCUGGAGAAGUACGUCCCAAGAUUCUUUUCCGGCGCCAGCUCGGUCUACUUCAACGAGGUGAACAUGCUGCAGAAGAUCAACAAGAACAGCUUCAAGCCCCCGGUCAGCGAAGAGAUCAAGGACCUAGUACGGCGAAACUUUACGAGAGAGAUCGAAUUCUACCAGUUCUGCAAACAGCGACUCUACAAGCAGUAUCUUGCUACGCAACUACCGCUCAAAUAACUGUUCCUUUCAUCGUGCGUUUACGACCAAAAUCGCAGCAUUAAACAAAAAAUACAUGUGAGGGAUGAACAAAGUCAUCAGCAACACAGUUAUAGGAGAGCGUGAAAACGAAUAACCACACCGUGGUGUGCAUACACACAACAAACAUUUUGCAUCAUUAUUUAUGUAUAAACUAUUCAUCUAGCAUGUAGGACCACCAACCGUAGCAAAGCAUAAGCGUUAAGCGAUACCCCGAAAGGCCCAAAAGAAGUGCUAACUAUUCACGAUCGUCUGUUCUCACCGCUCGAUCAGAUCAGAU